GAUGCCGAAGAUUUCACCAAGAAAUUCGCAGUUUGAAGCAGUGUGCGCAACCCCACCCCUGCGCCACUGACAGAACGGCGCUGCCAACUUGACAGAACAACAACAACGGCGCGACGACGAGAGUUCGCGCGCAACGAACACGAAAACCGAACGGAAAGUGCGCGCCAAAGCAAGUCGCACGAAGGAUCGCGUAGAGAACAGAUCGUAAUCCUGUAAAUAUCAUCGGAAAUACAAGUUUAGUGCUAGUGAAAAACUGUGUUUUCGUCCCGGAAUUGAACUCCCAAAAGAAGCUUGAGUUUUUACAGUCCGCUCAAGUUGAAGGACAGUCCACCUUGUCCAAAACCGUUGCCAGGAGCCGCAACAUUUGGUCCAUUCGAACCGGACAGAGGACCCGAAAGUUCGCGAGUGAAAGUGAAGAGUGGCGGCGGACCAACCGGAUGGUCGCCAUCUUGAAAAUCUCGAUUCCGCAGAAGAAGAAGUUUGAAGUCGCGAUCAAUUCAAACACCUCGCGUGCCUCCGGAUGAGGAAAAGUUUAUCCUCCAUCUCGCGAUCGUCUCGAGUGCUCCGCGUGAAAACGUGUCGCGUGUCUGUGUCUUGCAGAACGACGGAUCGGAAGACGCUGAGGGAAGAUCAGCGAAACGCGUCAAGCGAAGCGAAGUGAGCCGGAAGUUGGUUACCGGCAGAAGAAUCAAAGUGCGUUCACUCGGCAAGGAGCAAGCAAGCGCUGCCAUCUUGCCUCAGAUAAAGUGCUAAACCGAGAUCGGAAGUGAUAGUUUAAGAAGGCGACUCCGUGGCCUGAAGAACGGCGGAAACAGUGGCGGCAAGAGCCCGCAAAAAAGCGAAAAGAUGUUCGCGUAAAAACCUGUGAGUGUGUGCGGUGAGCGUAGCGACGCCAUUUUGUUUGGUUCCCAAGCGUGGAACAUUCCAGUUCACAGUACCGCUGCGAAUUUGGCGGUCGCUCCAGCUGCACACGGUAGAAGAAGAAGCAGUGGAACGUAUCCGGCUGCAAGCGUCAGCGGGGACGAUUCCAGAUCCAGCCGCGUCGAGGCCACAGCACCGACGGAAAGGGCCUGCUGCAAGCGUCAGCAGGAGAGUUCCGGGAGGGUGGCUGCGACGAAGAAUCCCGAAGAAAAGUGUUUCGCUUAAGAGCAAGUGCGACACCCCGAAUAAAAAGUCCUGAAGUUGGCCUGCUGCAAGAGCAAGCGAGGAAGGUUUCGGAUACCGGUUGGGAAGCCGCUACCCGAGCAGAAAGUGUUUUGCUGAUGUGCUGCCGCUGUUGUGUCGCCACGAGCGCGAUCACGGCGGAACAUUGAAAUCUAGAGAUCCCAAAACUAAACACCAGAAAAGAUGAAUCCCGCUGGACAUCCGAGGUCCUCGAAGAGGUUGGCCAACAAGCGACGCCAGCUGAAGUUGAAGAUCCUGCUACUCCAAGAACGACUUUCCACCCUCGAAGAAGACCAGCAAUUGCCAUCCAUGCCGGAGUUCCGGGUGUUCGCGAAGAACAUCGAGCGAUUCUACGGUGAGUUAGAUCGAGUGCUGCGAGAAAUUGAGGAUUGCGACAGUUUUGCCGAUGAACGAGACGCCCACGACAUGGAGUGUGCGGCGAUUGAGGGGCUACUCCAAGGAGUCAACAACAAGAUUGUAGCCCUCAGUCUCGCACUGCUGUCCAAGCCCGUCCAAGCCACUGAACAGCAACAAGUCCAGCCUUUAGCAGUCUCGCAGCAGGUUGCCAUCCCAACUCCGCUUUUCACGAACGACGCUCGUGGUGAAGGAGAGUGUACUGGUGACUGCGAUGUUCCGGAGAGAACCGACCUAGCUGCAGCUGAUGCUAAGGUAUGUGCCCCUAUUCAACUCCUCUCGAGCCCAUCCAACGCAACCACAGAGCGUGGCGACCCGUUGUGCACGCGGUGCAACGGUUGCCACUUGAGUACCGACUGCUUUGUACCCAGUGAAGUACCUCUCGGACAGAGUCACGAGACGAACUCCAACCUGAAAGCCUUCCAAAGCAUGCCAGACAGUCCCGCCGAACCUGAAGUGGUUCAACACGAAGCCUCGACAAGAGUUCGAGGUGACGUCGACAUGUCCGGCGAUUCGGGCGUACCUCCUACGCUGCGGUCAGAAGAGCGGAUACGCGGUGACCUCGACGUUGGCUGGUGUCAGCCAGUGGAACUUGGUUCACUGCUACCAGCCGACGCAGAACGAGAAGACGCCAAGUCCGAUGACCCAAGGCAGGGGACAGCUGGACUGGUAGACGAAGAUCGCGAUAUCGCCACGAACCAGGCAGUGAAGGACGAGGACGCUCGAUCACUGCAACCAGCCGAAGCCGACGAAGUGAACGACGAGGACCGUUCGCUUCCGAUCAAUGCACAGCCCGUUUGCACAUCACCAGCCGUCCAAGAGGACGCAGCCACAAAGCCAAGCCACAAGAGUGAGACGUACAGCUGCCAGCUAUACAACGCCAACGUCGCACGAUCGACUGAUCGUGUCCGUGCAGCCAGAAAGUUUACGGAGAAGCUGCUGCAGUCCGUGAUCUUCACCAACAACGAGAAGCAGUCCCGUUUGGUUUGGGACCCGGGAUUGCAGCUGAGCUCUGCCUCCCGCUCAACCAUUCGACCAACCGAAGAACACCACCAGAUGGCAGCAAGCUCGGGACGAAGCAUGCGCAUCUGGUCCGAGAUCCUUAACCACCAACGAAUUCCAGCGUGGCCAGCGGCCGAUUCUCUUCUAGCGGGAUUGAUGUUAGAAGCCGAGCCUUCAACCCGGGGGGAGAAUGUUCGGCCGAUGCCGAAGAUUUCACCAAGAAAUUCGCAGUUUGAAGCAGUGUGCGCAACCCCACCCCUGCGCCACUGACAGAACGGCGCUGCCAACUUGACAGAACAACAACAACGGCGCGACGACGAGAGUUCGCGCGCAACGAACACGAAAACCGAACGGAAAGUGCGCGCCAAAGCAAGUCGCACGAAGGAUCGCGUAGAGAACAGAUCGUAAUCCUGUAAAUAUCAUCGGAAAUACAAGUUUAGUGCUAGUGAAAAACUGUGUUUUCGUCCCGGAAUUGAACUCCCAAAAGAAGCUUGAGUUUUUACAGUCCGCUCAAGUUGAAGGACAGUCCACCUUGUCCAAAACCGUUGCCAGG